AGUUACCAAUUAAAAUCUGUUGAAUGUUACGAACCAUCUUCGGACUCUUGGACCGAGUGUGCGUCUAUGAACGAAGGCCAUAGUUUGCCUGGGAUAAUCAACGGCGCGCUGUGGAACUAGAGCAACAAAUCUGAAAAAUACUUUGAUUUUAAUAAAGCAGUUUUGAAUACGAGCAGAUAUGGCGACAGCUUUUACACGUCAACUUCUUCCCGAUGUGAAUGACAAUGACCUUUAUUUCAUUCAAAAUCAGAUGAAUAAAAUAUGCGAUUUCUACGAUGAGCAGGAUUUUAUAGAUGUUACAUUUCAAUUGCCUAACCCCACUACUAUGAUUCCAGCACACCGCUUGAUACUCGCAUCAGCAAGUCCUUACUUCAACGACCUUUUCAAAAGCGCCCAGGGCCUAGCUCCUGUUAUCGAGUUAAACAACGUAAAUAGUGACACCUUUGAGCGUUUAAUGACAUUUUGCUACACCGGCAAAACGCUCAUAACCAUAGACAAUGUGGAUGCAAUGUUGAAGGCGGCUAUGGUUUUGAAGUUAGAUGGGGCCGUUUUGAGUUGCGUUGACUAUAUUUCCGGGCAUAUAACUGAGUAUACGCUGCAGCGGGCAUAUUGCUUAGAGAAUGAAACUCAGUGUGUACCACUGUACGAGAAACUCUUUGAAUAUGUUUUAGAGAAUUUCAUGGAG